AUGCUGCUCACCGAUAUCUCUCCCUUCGCAGUAUUGAAGUUUUUUGAGACUAUCAAAAGUCUCAUUGCCGACCUCGCUCCCGAGGAUUCUUCUCUUCAGCCACCUUUUCCUGCUUUGCUUCGCUCCAACGAACCGCCAAGUGACGAAGAAGCACAAGUAGUCACCGCAUUCGUUGCAACCCUCGAUGGUCGUUGGGCGACAGUAGCGCCACAUCAAGAAACCCUCACGUAUAUGAGUCCCAGCAGGGAGGAAGAGCGCAUACAAUCCCUUAUUUCAUCUCACAAAAGUAUCAUUUCCGCCUGCCGACGCAUUCCCAACGAAAUCUGGCACGACAUCUUCGUUCUUGCUGCCGAACCAACUGUCUUCUACGCUGAACAAAACAUUAAAUUGAAGAGGAGGAAAACUCCCUGGAGAAUUUCCGGUGUGUGCCGUCGAUGGCGUGCAGUUGCGAUCUCCACACCUCGCCUUUGGACUCACAUCUUCUUGGAAUCAAGCGAUCGCAACGUCGACAUUACUGGUCCUCCUGGAUAUCUUUCCAAGUUGCUGGAAAGGUCCAAAACAUUCCCCCUCUCCGUUUCGAUUGUGCACAGCACCUCUCUUCAUACUGAGCAAAAGGGUCUCGUGAAGCUUUUUCAACACUGCGAACGGUGGAAGCACCUGCACCUAACGGCGCCGGUCGGUUGGGCAAAAUUAUUCCAGGACAACGUGAAGGGGAAACUAUACUCGUUGGAAUCUUUGGAUAUUCAAUUUAAUUCGCUUGCAGGAAGUAUAGUGGAUUUUGAUGCGUUCGAGGAUGCACCAAAGUUGUACGAGGUUCGCAUUAACGAUGAGCGAGCCAUCCGCAUUCACCUUCCAUGGUCACAACUAGCACGACUCCAACUUCCAGGUCGCCAGUCCUAUUCUCUGGACAAGAUUACUCAUGCUUCUGGAUAUCUAUCGUCUUUCAGCCUACGCUUCGUUGAACAACUGCCUGUUAAGCCGCUCCCAAGAGUCGUUGAUUUUAGCAUGACGGGGCCUGGGCCUGAUGUUGACAACUGGAACAUCACUCAAGUUUUUCCGUCAUUGCGAACCCUAUCGAUUGUUCGACCGUAUGGGACCGAGCUUCUGAACCAAAUCAUCUCGCAGUUGCAGUUCGUUUCGUUGCAGUGUCUAACCCUCAAGGAUAUCAUUAUGGACUCCCAGGACAAUAGGCUCCAGCUUCCCAAUCUUAAAACUCUCAAGGUUCUCAGAAUCGACCUGCUGGGGAAGGAGGAACUCGUCAAGUUAGCAGUUGAAGAACAUAGCGGAGCGCUGCGGAUCCUCCCAUCGUUAGAAGACCUGCACUUCUUCAUACCCUGGCCGAUGGAAUCCAAGCUCACUGAGCUGCAUUACACUGACCAAUCAGAUCUGUACUCCGUCCUCAAUGCCGUUGGCCGCACACGCUGCGAACGCCUGCUGCAAUCUGAUGUGGGGCCCACCACUGAUAAUAUGACCCCUCUUUCUGCACCCUUCUGUAUUCCAACCACGUCUAACCGGCUGACUGGUCCAACGCUUAAGUCUCUUCGACUCCAGUUUGCAGCACGGUAUCUGAAACCAAUAACUUGGCCCAACGAUUGCAAUUUACAGGAGCAGGUCGAAUCGGGGUGGCGAGAAAAAGAUUUCCGUACCAUUCCUGCUUGGAAAGAAGAGACCCCUGCACUAGCUCUAUGGGCAAGGAGCUACUCCAUCACCGUCAGUUUCACUCUCGUGCCACGGAAGAGAGGUUUGAACAAUUUCGUUUUCGGGAACGAAUUUGUGCUAUCCUUGACAAAUGGGCACCUCGUUUUCAAGAAGACCUUCCGAACAGACACUGGCGUUGGUGUCACAAGCAUGUCCUAG